UAUGAAGGUAUGUUUAACAAACCAGUGGCGCGCUCGGCUGUCACACAUUAUGCGCCCAGUGGUCACUCUGACAAGGACACUGCAUAUGUAGGACACGAUUUGAGCCGCCUGGAUGAUCACUGACCGAUCGCAGCAAACCUUCUGUAGCUCUUACAUUUACUUUUCAUGGGGUAGAUUUUUGCACGCAUAUAGACUUGGAUGUUUUAUGAACAGGUAAACGUUGAAAGAUAUCUGGGAUAUAUCACGGACGUUUUCGUGUUCCAGGAUAUGAAGUAGCUAUAGGUCGACAGUUGUCAUGUGUCAUAAAAUCGGCCUCCAGGCAAGUACAGGCUAUAGUCAACGUUUACCCAUGUAGAUAAGAUACACAAGGGAAGGAAGUGCCGAGUGCAGACGCCCAGCCUCGUAUUAUGUGGGUGUUUACGGGCUUUUAUCAAAAAUAUUUUAUAUGGGAUAGAAGAGGAGUGUCCUUCUAGAUCUUCGCCCUACUGCACUGGUAUAGUGUAUAUUCAGGUUCUUUACUUCUACUGACAUCAAAUCAUUAAGAGAGGGUUUCACUACUACUGGUAUAUUACCACACCCUGCCAACUCCAGGUGUAUAGGACGUACACUGUAUGCAGCAAAUCAACAGGAUCAGCAUCAUAAUAACGAGGAAAUAAAAACAGGAAAACUCACAGAUAUCAUCAUGGUCGACGGUGUGAUAAAUAUCUGGGGUCUGGUGGCCAUUAUUAUAUUCUACGUCAUCAUCUUCAUCAUCGGAAUAGUGGCUGGAAGAAAAUCUAAGAGUUUUGGAAAAGAUGCAAAUUCGACAGACUUGAUUCUAGCCGGGAGAAACAUAGGGCCUUUCGUUGGAAUUUUUACGUUGACAGCGACUUGGGUGGGCGGAGGCUACAUCAAUGGAACGGCGGAAUACACCCUGAGUUCAGGGUUGGUAUGGUGUCAAGCACCUGUCGGAUAUGCUAUCUCACUGGCGGUCGGCGGGCUGGUGUUUGCUGGACCCAUGCGGUCCGCAGGGUACAUGACAAUGCUGGAUCCAUUCCAACAGAAAUACGGUCCAGUUAUGACGGCUCUGUUGUACAUUCCGGCCUUGUUGGGAGAUUUGUUUUGGUCGGCGGCCAUAUUGGCGGCUCUUGGAUCUUCCCUCACCGUCGUGAUAGGCUUGGAGAAUACUAUUUCUAUAAUCGUAUCAGCAGUGAUCGCAGUCUUCUACACACUUAUCGGUGGACUAUAUUCCGUGGCGUAUACAGACGUAGCCCAGCUGAUCAUGAUUCUCAUUGGACUGUUUCUGGCAUUUCCAUUUGCUAUGCACCACCCCGCCGUUUCCCCUCUGGAAAUGACGUCAUCAAGUUGGCUGGGUUCCCUUACCGAGAACGAUGCUGGAUUGUACUUAGAUUCUGGAUUACAGCUGAUAUUUGGAGGGAUACCUUGGCAGGUGUACUUUCAACGAGUGCUGUCUGCAAGGACAGUGGGUCAGGCUAAAUGGUUAUCUAUUGUAGCUGGCUUUUUCUGUUUGGUGUGUGCUGUUCCAGCUGUAAUGAUUGGAGCCAUUGGAGCCUCAACAAAUUGGACAGAGACUGCUUACGUCGAUGUUUACAAUCAGACUACAGUCCCUUCAGAAGAAUACAAGAACAUCUUGCCGCUUGUCUUGCAGUACCUUACGCCCCCUGCCGUCUCCUUCAUAGGCCUUGGAGCUGUCUCCGCCGCUGUGAUGUCAUCUACUGACUCCGCCAUUUUGUCCAUGAGCUCACUCUUUUCUCACAAUGUGUACAGACCAUUGAGAAAGUUCCUGUGUCGCGGAAAGAAGGCCUCGGAGCUGGAGGUUGUGUGGUUCAUGCGUGUGGCAGUGGUAGUGUUUGGGGCCGUGGCUACAGUGAUGGCGAUCUACAUCACCUCAAUAUACGCUCUGUGGUUCUUGUGUUCUGACUUUGUCUACGUCAUCCUUUUCCCCCAACUUGUAUGUGUGAUAUUCCUCAAGCAGGCCAAUAUGUAUGGAGCUUUAACUGGGUACAUUAUCGGCUGGAUCCUUCGUCUUGGUGGUGGGGAAGCGACAUUUAAUCUUGCUGCGUUUAUUUUAUACCCAUGGUACGACUUUGAGAACAGCGCUCAAAGAUUCCCCUUCAAAACGUUCAGCAUGCUUGUCAGUUUCCUCUCCAUAGUGAUAGUGUCGUUGAUAUUCCACGUGCUUUUUGCUCGGGAAAUUUUGCCAAAAAGGUAUGACUUUUUUGCCACCUGCAUACCGAAACCGGAAGAAGAGCUGGAAGAUGGAGAAGAAAUGGACGGGCCGGAAAAGACAGGCCUUUCGAAUUUGGGGUAUAAUUUAGAAGAACAAGCGAAACAAGAGAACAAUACCAAAUUAUGAUUACAAAACAAUCCAGCUUGAUAUAGCUCCAAUUUAUUGAAACUGUCAUGAAUUGUGACUUACUCUCAGUUUAUAGGGAACUGCUGUCAAAUUCAUGAUCACAAAAUGUCAAUAUCUUAUAAAGGGCAUUAUAAGUACGGGUAUUCCAGGUAAUUUUAAUUAUCAAUUGUGAAUUCCUUUUUUACGUUCUACUUUUAAGUAUAUAUAUAUCCCCAUGUAGACCCAGUGAAAGAGCUGUAUUGCUUGGACUGCAGAGAAAAUAUUUUAUUUUUAUUCUAUAUUUGUAAUUUAGAUAAUAAAAAUAUCAGAAACAA